AUGCGAGGCGCAGGCGUGGGAGCCCGCACGGCGCCCUUCCGGUGCCCGGCUGCCACCUCCCGGGCGGUAUCUCGCACGCCUCGGGGCCCCCUGCGCCCUCGGGCCAUUGCCGCCCCCUCGGCGGUACCCUUUCUGCCCAGUGCGGACCACCUCCAGGAAUGGGGACCUCAGAGCUGGAAGCAGCGCGAGGCGCUGCAACAGCCGAACUACCCCAACCAGGCUGAGCUGGACGAGGCUGUGGCCCAGAUCGCGGCCUUCCCUCCCCUGGUCUUCGCCGGCGAGUGCCGCACGCUGCAGUCGCGCGUGGCCGCGGCGGCGGCGGGCGAGGCCUUCCUGGUGCAGGGCGGGGACUGCGCGGAGGCCUUCUCUCAGUUCAACGCCAACCGCAUCCGCGACCUGUUCCGCCUCCUGCUCCAGAUGUCGGUGGUGCUCAUGUACGGCGGCGGCGUGCCCGUGGUCAAGAUCGGGCGGCUGGCGGGGCAGUUUGCCAAGCCCCGCUCCGCCGACCUGGAGACGGUGGACGGGCAGUCGCUGCCCAGCUACCGCGGCGACAUCAUCAACGGCCCCGAGUUCACCCCCGAGGCGCGCGUUCCCAACCCGGCCCGCCUCGUGCGCGGGUACAACCAGUCGGCGGCGACGCUGAACCUGCUGCGCGGCUUCGCCACGGGCGGCUACGCGGCGCUGGACCGCGUGAUGCAGUGGAAUCUGGACUUCACGCGCGGGAGCGAGGAGGGGCGCGCCUACCGCGACCUGGCGUCGCGCAUCGAGGAGUCCAUCACCUUCAUGCGCGCCUGCGGCCUGGACAUGCACUCCGCCAUCAUGCGCGAGACCGACUUCUACGUCUCGCACGAGGCACUGCUGCUGGACUACGAGGCCGCGCUGACGCGCGAGGACUCCACCACGGGCCUCUGGUACGGCUGCUCAGGACACUUCCUGUGGUGCGGCGAGCGCACGCGCCAGCUGGACGGCGCGCACGUGGAGUACCUGCGGGGCGUGGGCAACCCGUUGGGCGUCAAGGUGAGCGACAAGGCCGACCCCGCAGACCUCGUAGCCCUCAUCGCCGCGCUGAACCCUGAAAACACGCCGGGGCGGCUGGCGGUGAUUGUGCGCAUGGGCGCGGCUAAGCUGCGCGAGCGCCUGCCCGCGCUGCUCGCCGCGGUGGGUGCCGCGGGGCAGGUGGUCACCUGGAUCUGCGACCCCAUGCACGGCAACACUGAGGCGGUCCAGGGGUACAAGACGCGGCGCUUCGAAAAUGUGCGCGCGGAGCUGGAGGCCUUCUUCGAUGUGCACGAGGCCGCAGGGACGGUGCCCGGCGGCAUGCACCUGGAGAUGACGGGCGACGACGUCACCGAGUGCAUCGGCGGCGGUGCCGCGGUGACCGAGCUGGACCUCAGCUCGCGCUACCACACCCACUGCGACCCACGUCUGAACGCGGAGCAGGCGCUGGAGCUGGCCUUCUACUGUUUCGGGCGGACGAGGAAGUGGUCGCUCACCACCGCGCUGGGCGUGAAGAUCAGCGAAGUGCCCCCCGGCACCACCAUAUGUGUGAUGUAG